AUGGUAUCGUCUCCGGAUAUCUCCGCUGAGGAGCCAGCUGAUCGGGGCGAUGACAGCACGAACACGAACCACGUCGAGCGACCCUCGGCGACGACGCUCCUGUCGCAAUGGCACAGCUUCUUCAGUGACCCCUUUCUGUCACCGCACACGCUCAAACAGUCCUCGCUCUCGGGUAAGAUCACCACCCUGAGGUCGCUGCAUUGGAGGGUUAGUUCGUCUUGGCUCGGCUGGUCUCUACCCUCUCCAGCCUCCCCCCACUUCAGAGGAGCCCGUAGCUGACUCUGCUUCAUUCUCACCCCACACCGUACCACGCAAUAGUACUUCUUCUCCCUCUUGCCAACCCCGGCACCGUUGGGCGCUUCCUCGAUCCCAAGCUCGAUAUGGACCUCGUACGAACGCAUGCUGCAACAUGCUCGCUCAGAGUACAUCUCCCUGCGCUCGACCUACCUCCGUUCCCCCGACGGCAAAUGGUGCUCCGACUACCUCUCCCUUGCCUCGAUCGAAUCACCUAGACCACCUGUACCACCCAAGUUCACCGCCAAUGGUCAUUCCUCCGUUGCUUCGGGUCGCAUGACCAAGGUCCAGGUCGACCAGAACAACCCGCUCGCGAUCGACGAGGCGAACCCCUGGACGAGCUGGUUCGAGGACCUCGAGCUGAGGAGGGUCAUCCGUCAAGACGUGUCUAGGACGUGAGUCGUCCGGUCCAAUGCUUCCGUCCUGAUAGAUCUUAUGCUCCUGCUCCCCCGCGCUGACCCCGCCUCUGCAUGAUGUAGCUUUCCCGAGAUUCCCUACUUUCAUUCGUCUCAAGUUCAAGAUCAGAUGACCGAUCUCUUGUUCAUCUUUGUCAAGUCGUUCGCAUCCGACACGGGCUACCGACAAGGCAUGCACGAACUCGUCGCACUCGUACUGUGGGUCGUCGACUGUGAUGCCCUGCCCCCACUUGCCUCGCGCGAUGGGAAAUCUGAACGCCCACAUGAUUCGGAAGGGCUGGCUCGUCUUGUGUUGAGUCGAGAUCAUAUCGAACACGAUGCGUGGUCCUUGUUCACAACCUUGAUGAAGUCUGCCAAGUCGUUCUAUGACCCCACACCUUCGGUAUCCCUACCUGCAGCGGCGAGCAAGACGCCGUCUUCGGCAAUUGCAGCCAUAUCGACCGUGAUGGUCCAGCCUAUCGUUGCGACGUCGAUGAGGAUCCACGACUCUCUGCUCGCGACAAUCGACCCGGAACUGCAUGCCAAGUUGGAUCGACUCGGUAUUGAGCCCCAGUUGUACACGAUCAGGUGGUUGAGGCUGUUGUUCACGAGAGAGUUCCCUGUCGAAGAAGCUUUGCUCGUGUGGGAUGGCAUAUUCGCUGAAGAUCCGAAUGUGAGCCGUUCAGACUGACACUUGACCGCUGCACCCGAGCUUAUCUCCUUUUCAAUAUUUUCUACAAAAGCUCCGGGUGACCGAAUUCAUUUGCCUCGCGAUGCUUUUGCGCAUCCGCUCCGCCCUCCUCUUGGCCGACUACUCAAGCUGUCUCUCCCUCCUCCUCCGCUAUCCUUACCCAACCUCCUCACCCGAUUCGCAUCAAGUGACGUAUCUCAUCUCUCAAGCUCUACUACUCCGCGAUUCCCUCUCACCUUCGACGGCCCAGAUGAUCCUUCGCGUCAACGAGCAAUACGGCUUACAAGCUGGUGAUUCAGACCUGCUGAGACUGGAACGGGGGGAAGAUGAUUUACCUAGAAACGGGGGCCCAGGAAGAGGUGUGAACAAUGGUGCUUUGGCCGGGAAAGGGUUGGUCGGUGAUCUGGCCAAGGGGGUAUAUGGACGCGCAGAAGCGCUGGGUUGGACAGGAGCUCUGCAGGGGGGGUUGGCCACGAUCAAUGAUUUAGUCAACGUGGGUCUCUUGCUCGUGCUUUCAAGUUUGACCCCUCCUUUGGAGCUGACACAAAUACCCUUCAUCACUUCAGCGUGGUAUGGCGGCUCAGCUGGCGGCAAGGCCCCUUGCUCGGGAUCCGUUAUCCAAGAUACCUGACCGCGCGCCUUGGGAGGUCGUGCAACAGCCGCAUCAUCAACCGCCAGAAACAACGCGGCCUUUGCCUCCCGCCCCUUCGUCCCCAUCUCUGUCAAUCUCGAACAGCCUUAGGCUGUCCAGGGCGAUCGACGCGUGUGUCUCCGCACUCCAGGCUAGCGCUACCGAUGGGUCGUCUCCUUCGACCACGGAUAUUAUGGACGUGUUGAAACACGUUCGAGAUGUUCUGGGCUCCAAUGGUUCCGUUCUCGUCGAUGAGAGCAUCUUGGGCCGAAUCAGCGCGAUCACGAUGAAAAUGCCCAAGUCUCCACUCGUCGACAACAACCGGGUCCAGCGCCCAUCGACCAGUUCGGCGUCGGCUACUUCGACAAGCAUCACCGAAACAUCGUCGUCGAGUGCACCGGUGACUCCACCAAGUACGCAUCCUUCUUCGCCUGGAGUAGGGCUAGCGAGUCGUGAUACAUCGUCAACCCCUUCACCCAAAUUGGGGCCGGCGUUCGUCGAGACCAAGCCCGCCUCUUCGUGUCUGGCCCAUUCCACCGGCCCCUCCCCACCACUAUCCGCUACACCCUCUAUACAACGCAAGUCGUCAUCCAUCCCACAACCGCACACUCAAAAAUCGCUCGGCCUCGGUGCGAACGCCCGCGCCGCACCACUCCCUCUCACCGGUUUCUCAACUCGAGCUUCGGGGAUGACAUUCAGUCUUGCGGACAGAGGUUCAGGGACGGGGGAUGGGAUCGGACUGGGAUUGAUGAGCAGUGCUUCGCCUUCGUCUCCUCCUUCGAUGGGAGGUGGAAAGAGGUCUUCGACGUUUCGUACGGUGAGGGAUCCAUUGGGGGCUGUGGAUGCUUAA